CAAAAUAAACAAAAAAAAAUUUCAGAAGAUCGUAUGAAGGCUAUCACAGAAAUUUCAUCCCUCCAAGCAAGCAUAUUGAACUCGCAAUUGAAAGACAUUUUGUGGAGUAUUGGUUCUCAAGAGGUGUCUUACGGGGUGUACAAGCCCAUCAAACUUGUUUAUCACCCAAGAGACCCAUUUUUCAUCAUAAGAACGCCAGAAAAGUUAACUGCCAUAUUUCCCAUGCGUUUUAAAGAUUACUCUGACGUUAUUCUUGCAACAGCUUUCUUUCAGGAAAUAACAGAUGUUGCAAACUCAUCUGCUUAUGCCAAGGCACCACAUUGUACAUGGUCACCAAUACCUCCUCUGGAAUUGAGAGGGGAGAAUUUCCAGUACUUAACAACUAAUGGAGGAUUUGUAAUCUUCGACAUUCUUCCACAUCAUGUUAAAGGUGAAAGAGCAGAUAAGGUUAUGUGGAUUCUUCUGAAUAUGGAUGCAUACAUUAAAUACUAUGUGAAGUGCACAAAAGGUUUCAUUCAAAGAAAGAUGAGGCAGCGUAUCGAAAGUUUUACCAAGGUAAAUCUUAUGUAUCAUUAAGGUAUUCAUUGACAAGGCUCCGUGCAUGAUUUAAUCACCAAAGAUCCACAAUUUAUACUAGAAAAGGAAGAUUGUGUGCAUAUAUUUCACACCCAAACUUCAAACUUGACAAACAUACCACAUAACCAUUGCAUGAAAA